UGUCCAUAUACUGAAAACUUUAGUAUCAGCCUGUCACUGCUGUUAUCUACUUUAUCUCACGAUGUCAGUUAGUCAGGCGGAGAAAAGAGUGAGGCUUCAUCUCUAUUAUCGCUACAUCGUCGUCAGAGAUUACUUCCACUGAGCAGCCAAACCACCGUGGGGCAGACAAGCGUCGUUUGUCGUGAAAAUAUCGAGACAGCAAUUAAACGGAGUUCACCAUCACCUUUGUUAGUAAACGUUACUGCUGACGGAGGUGCAGCCACGUGACGUGGUUUAUUACCGUAAUCGUAAAACUUCAGGUGUACUUGAAUUACGCGUUCGGAGCUCACGUAUGAACGUAGGUGAGUACAGCGGUGAGUUUAGGUGGCGGUGUGCCAAACAUUAUAAAGGAGGGCUGCGUCUCUGAUGAUAUCAAAACAUUUUUCUCCGUUUGCUCGAAGCUGUGUUACCAAACAUGAGCAGUCAGCCUGUCAGUCUAAACUUGACAAUGACAUCACAGCUUCAUAAAUCAACUACGAAGAAGCCAGGUACUCUGACUAGUUUCGUCAAUAAGCAUUCGAGCUCACCUGGUGCACCUGUGUCAGGUGUGAAACUGAGGGAAAGUCUGACCAGUUUCACUGCUGCAGUAAAAUAACGCAGUUCAUAACAAAAGCCAACUGACGAGGAUCCUGUUGGUAAACUUAGGUGAGCCUGAUGGCCGGGUGUUUUCUGACCCAAAUACAAAGUUGUUGACAUCGAAGUGCGUGAGUGGUUAACGAGACAGAAACAGUGAUGUGGGGAUGUUAUCUUCGACUAAACGUCGGCUGCUCAUUUCAGUGUCCUUGCUCUGAGGAAGAUUGAGGAAAAUGAUCAUUUUCUGCGCAUGACAAGGUGGAUGAUUUACUUCGAAUCAAGUAUAGACUUGUCGAGGUGUAACCUGUCAUGAGGCACAUUUCCCUUCUCUCCAGGUUCGUAACUGGGUUGCAGAUAAUCAGAUAGCGAAGGGUCUAAAACUAGUACAUAUACAAACAAUGAACUGAAGCAUUUUAGUACAUUCUAUAGGUGUACAGCGGCUCCUUUCCACUUCCUAACACAGGUGUAUUCUGGGGGAUGAUAGGCUGAAAAGUUGUGUACACGGGUGUUUACGUAGACUCUCUUUGUCGCACCUUUACACCUUGAUAGAAUAAUUAUUAUGAAUGGCGACAUUGUUUGAAGACUCCUUCUGCCACUUAGCAGACAUUGUGGAAGGAGGAAUUUGUUGCUUUGAAAAGAAGUGCAGGUGACAGACCCAUUCCUCUACUCGUCAGUCAUGGCCUGUUCAUCGCCAUCUCCUUUAAAACAGCCACGGGGAAAGCAGGGGACUGUGGAAGUGUACCACCACACCCUGAGUGAUGCACAAGCUGCUGUUCUGACCAUCACAGAAAAUCAGGACCCACUCCAACAGAUUGUUAAGCAGUCAGGUGCCGACAUACAGCUUGGCCCUAAUCCAUUGCCAGGAUUCCAGACUGUCAUUAUAAGUGGUCUUCGAAUCCAGAUUGAGAAUGCUGUCAGGCUCAUCGACGAGAAGGCUGGUGCUGAGGGAUCCAUCGCAACACAAGCCCAAAAAUUCUGGCUACGAUGGGUUGAGGCCGCGUUCCCUGAUCUUGACUCACGCGCCUACUUCCUGCCUCCUGUCUACGUCAACCGCGUGCCCAUGACCAGAGAUACAGUUGCUGGUCAGGAUGUUCUGGUCUUUCAAUCGGCACCUGGACAGGCCGGUCAGUCCAACCAGCGGGCGACGAAAGCUGGUCAGUCUUCCACUCCUCAGCCUCCUCGAGUUCAGGACAGUGAUGUCAGAGAUGACGCAGCCAUGAAGCGGGUUCUUUGCUGUCUGCAGAAAUUUUCUGAACAGAACAAGGAGGUCAUGGUUGGGAUAUCUCAGCUUCAGUUUGAACAGUACCUAGGUGAGCCUUGCUACGCUACGGCGGCUGCCUACUUAAGCACGCCUCCAAGAUUGUAUUAUCCUUUGUCAAGCGACAAAGAAGGAGACUUUGAUGUGCUUCUUAUUCACUUAUCUUACGGCUUUGUUGUCUGCGAGGUGAAAUCAAUUGGUGACAACAUGCAGCAUCUCGAUAUGUCAGAAGAAAAAAUUAAUGUAAACAUCAGGAAAAAACUGAGAAACGCCGUCUCACAGCUGGACAAGGCGGAGAACAUGUUGUCUCACCUGGUGUCCGACAUCGCUCCCGGUCUGCGCAUCACUAAGACCAUCGCUCUUCCGAAUCUCACUGCUCUUCAGGUGCAACAGGCUGUAUCUGACGACACUCAGCUUACUAAGGACCUGUGUCGGUGUCUGGGAACAUCAGAACCCGCCGACAUCCUAGGUCUGUGUCUGUGCUGUGAUCAGUUGUCUGACCCCAAGACCCCGUGUGACGUCAGUAGUCACGUGCUGAGGGAACUCGGACACUGGUGGCAGCGACGUGUGGCUGGGGCUGGACCUGACAGUCACAUGACACCUGGGGUGUAUAAAACAUUGAUAGCCAGGUUCUGUGGUCCGGCGACAACAGUGAGUGUGCCAUGCACAUCUCCCCCGCGCCUGAGUGUCAAGACCCUGGGUCAGGCCGUGUCACAUACAGGAGAGUGUUAUACUGCUCAAAUAAAACUUUUCCCAGAGCAGGUUAGCCUGCUAACCACGGCUCCAUACAGACUCUUUGUCACCGGACCGCCCGGUACAGGUAAAACUGUGGUGCUGCUGCUGAUGGGUAUAGAGUGGCUGCGGUGUGGUCAACACGUCUACGUUGUCAGUACGUGGAAAAGGAGUCGUGCAGCGUGCAGCAUGUUGUAUCACCUGUCGCUGCAGACGGUAAACACGUUACAGUCAGGUGUAUCACCCAGUAAACCUUAUCUCCUGCAGUAUGAUUUUAAUGAUAGUACAGAAGUAAAGAAGGCCGUCAACGACUUGUCACAGGAGGUUAGAGAAGGGGAAUUGUUCGUCCUCUCUGAUGAGACUGUGCAUGAAUACAGGUCAGGAUUCAACGACUUCUGUAAGGAGCUGCUGAUACGAGUUCCCUGUCUUCAUCUUUGGAUGGCAAGUUGUUACCAUGGAGACGCACCAACCGGUUGGGAUGUAGAAUAUUUAACCAGACCCCUCCGCUCUCCGCCAGCCGUAAUCAGAGAAGUUGUGAAGGCCAAAAAUAUUGCGAAAGAUGGCAAUGUCUGUGAAUACAGCCAGCGGGAUGUGCCCGACCACACAGACGGCCCGCCAGUCACGCGGCUCUACCAUCGAGGACAAGAUCAUACAACUGGCUGGCUAGGGGACUGUGUCACGUGUGGUCGUGAGAUUGCCAACUUCUUACACAGUCUUCGUGCUCCCGCAGCCAAAGAUGAAACGCCGCCCUGCCUACUGUGGAAGGACAUGAUGGUGUUGUACUGGGAGGCUAUCAGUGACAACUCGGGUAUAGUGAACGGGCUGAGAGAAGCGGGUAUUUCUGUGCAAGUGAUGAAGGAUGACGACACUGAAGAUGUCGCCACGGCCCGCAGUGACGUGGUGUGGGUGGCAGAUGGAAGUCGUGUUUGUGGUCUGGAGAGAAAAGUCGUCGUGUGUCUAGGGACUAAUGACCUUUCUGUCCCUCUACACAACAUGUCGAGGUGUGCUUCACAGCUUGUGAUUGUCUCACCUGGCUCCAAUGACUUCAGUUAAGAUUAACUAAGCAGAAAACUGCAAUAACAUUAAAGCAUCUUUGGUUAUCUGUCUGUAUUUAUAGACUAGGACAUUGUUGUUUCAUAACUUAAUUUUAUUAGCAGAAAUAUGUCAAGGGAGGUUACAGUUUCAAAAAUUUAUUUCAAUGUAAAUUGAAUAAGAAUGACAUUAACAAUUAUUAAUUGAAUGCAUCAUAACUUAACAACAAAUCAUUAACAUCUUGGACAUUUACAUUAAAGGCACAAAUGUUAAGUAGCAGAUAUUUGUAACAUGAAUCAACUGGUUGCAGUGUGACAUCAAAUGUAUUUGACUUUAUUCACAUUUCAUAAAUGGGUAUCUCUGUUCACCACCCGCUGUGGAGGUAGCAGCUUGAAACAGUUAAGCUAUAUAUUCACUUACGGUGACAUUUAACAUUCCUCUACUGACAGAGGGACAUUGGCAUAUGCCUUUAGAAAUGUUUACUCUGUUUACAAUAUAGCAAACUUGAAUGAAAGAAACUUUAUUUACAUUGAUAUGAAAUAGUUUUCUGCAUUUCAUUUCAACAAAUUGAAAACAAAGAUUAGAAAAGAUGAACUCAAAGCUAGAGCAUACAGUGUUUAUAGACACUUCUCCACACAUUUCUGCUUCGUCACUUUUUUGUGUCCAGAAUAGGAGGCGUACCUGCUAGUCACAGAAUUUCCGGAUUUCUGACAAAACUAAUUAAAAUUGCAAUGUUUCUCAUGUAAUACUACAAGGACUAAGUACUGACAGUUUUGAAAUAAUAAAUAAAAGACGCUAAUAUUUUUAUUAGACACAGUCUUAAUGAUAUGAUGUCUGUAAUUUAUUUAUCUUAAUGUCCUUGCAUUGCUAUAAUGUAUAACUAAUAACAACUCAUAGCACACUAGUAUUCACAACUUUAUAUUUUAUCUCACUAAUGCCCGAUAUUUUAAAUAUUUCUAUAUUUAUAGAUGUAACAGUUUAAAUACUAAUUGAGUUUUUUUUUAAAUACGAACAUACGACAAUGAAAUUAUUGUGAAAUAUGCAGUGACAAUAAAUUAGAGGCGGAAUUAUAACUGCCAAUAUGACAAAGAGAUGUGUAUUCUAAAGUAUUUAUAAAAGCGAACGUAAUUCCUACCUCAAACACUGGUUACAAAAGCUGAACUGAUUUUUUUUUAACAAAGUAAGCCUAGGAAAAUAAUGUUAUCUGACUUUAAAAUAAUAAUAAUCUCUAUUUAAUCCAUUUGUGAACAGUGUACUUGCAAAUUUCUUCUAUUUUGGGUGGUUUGUGUGUGUGUGUAUGAGGGGUGAGUGUGGCAAAGGCAACACUGAGCUGAGGUCAAGGUUUGUUACAGUGUACAUUGGGACUUCCACACAUGCAUAUAGCAGGUCAAUGGCUGGAGUAUGUAUGGAAAAUAUAAUCGCCUUCCGUUACCUGUACGGUUGUUGGCGAGGGAGGUGUUAGUGCCCCCACUAAUCUCGAGGACAACUAUAUCUGAAAGCGAUUUUAAUGUCCUCUCCACUUCACCCGACCUUACAGUGCGAGCAUUGUACUCAUACAUAGUGCCAUCUAGAUAAGGACAGAGGAGUGUCUUUUACAACAUUUCAAUCACCGAUUUGACUUUUAUUGACACAAAUAAAAACUAAUGGCUGCAAGGAUAUUUAGCUAAGAAUAUUGUCUGUAAAAGACAAUAUAUAAAACUCCGCUUCUAUGUUUGAUGUGAGAGCGUGAAUGUUCUAUCAUAGGCUUUAACUGGGAAGAAUAAGAAUGUUUUAGAAAAAAAUAAGAAGUUGCUACAAGUUAAUAUGAAUCGAUUUUAUAUACUUACCUCGAUAUAUUUCUUUUCAUGUAAAAAAAAGGUGUCUCCAUCUCCUUAUUAAUGAUGUCAGUGUAACACAUGUUAUUUAAGUGCUUACAAUUAUCAUUGGUCUCAACCCGAAGUGGAAGACAAAUGUCACUGUCAUUAAAAUGAAUAUGACUUUACAUUUAUUUUUUUAAAAGGCAAUUUUUGUGAUGUUAUCACGAUCACAGCCGUUGAGUGACAGAAUUAAUAGAAAUAAAUAUAGAGUUAUACUUUAUUAGAGAUAUAAAACCUAUGAAAUGUUUAUAGGCAGUCAUUGCUGCUAUACAAAAAUAAAACUCGUGAGACUAAUGAUAACAAAACUACUAGAGAAGUAAAACACAGCGGAUCUCGUACUAUUCUGGUCAACGUGGGACAAUGGUCAACAAAAUCUGAGACGAGGCAGAUGACGAACUGACCAAUCUUCGGCGUUUGGACUGAUGAGGAGAACUCAGGUGUUUAAAAGCACAGUGUUAAAAUAAUAUACGAUUAUCGUCUAUUCCCUGGUCCAUCGCUGUUUAGUGUGAAAAGUGUCACUUGAAUAGUUCAGAUCAUUGACCAGUACUUAAAUGGUACUUAGUUGUUCAUGUUUGCAUAGUUUGCCUUGAUGCUCUCGAGAGAUGUGUCACAUUGUCAGUGCAGUGUGCCUUUGUUUCUGUCUGCUUUUUUACCGCAGUUACCGAAAAGUGAAUAUUUUUCAGGAAGUCGGAAUAGAAAUAAAUAUGGGGGUAAGGCAUUGUUGUUAAGAAGAUGCUAUGUGUGUAAAAUGAGUGACAGGUAGGGAAAUAGGACGCCCAAAAAGAUGUUCUUAGGCGAACAUGUUUGUCACAUUGCUUGUGCAGUGUCUAAAUUGUUGUCACAUUUUUAAAAAAUAUUUUUGUAUGUUUUCUUUUUCUUGAAUUUAUAUAUCUAAAUAUAAAAACACUUUGCUAAAGAGAGUAUAUUUUUUUUUAAAAGAUCUCAAUAUCAUGACUACAGAAAGUUACAUUUAUAUAUGUGAAGCUGUUUCUAGAACGUGGAAAGUGUCAAGGUUUCUAAAGAUUUUUCUUUUUAGAGAGACUUUGACUUGGGAAAGAAGCAUAAAGAAACAGAAAAAAGCUAUAACAAACAGGACAAAGAACAAUGUGGCAGCACCUCAGCACAGUUUUAAGUGUCGCACAACUAUUUGAUGUUUUCUCCCUUGCUAUACCUUUGCCAGGCUGGGGAGCAUUCGCAAGGGCCUUAAGCCGUUGAAGUCGUGAAUACUGGUUCAGGCAUUCCCAGGUUUCUAAAUAACAAGUUGAUUUGAUUGAAGGCAUCUUCAAACUAAUUUAUGCUUAGAGGAAACCGUUCUUACUCAUGUAACAACUUUGGAAAGCGCCACGAUUCAAUCAGCUACUCAGCGUGCAUUGUUUUAUUUCCAGAAAAAUGUAGGAAAGAGAUGUUAUUAUCAUUCACUCUUUGUGUAAAUGAUGAAAUUACUUUUUUUACCGUGAGUGAUAUACCUCAUAAAGCGAAGAUAAAGCUACAUAAAAAGAGGAGUGUUUGCGACACUUCGGGUUUCUUUGUUGUUUAUAUUGUGCACUAAAAGGAAGUCCCCUUAUGAAA